AGCCGUAAGAGAGAAGUUCGAGGUCAGGCUGCUGGUUCCAGAAGAGUUAAGUCAUCAGCCCCCUCCCUUUCCACAACUCCCUCCCAGGAACCAGCAGUGACAGCUGAGGCCAUGUGAGUUGAUCCUGAAUGAGGCUUUAUCUCUGGCUGUUAGUCCCAUCAUCCUCUGUGGCACCAGCUCCCUCGGCCAGCCAGGAUGGGACAGGCCACUGAGAGAGCCAGAGCCAGAGAGGUAAUGGUGACCUCAGCCUGGGAUAAAAGGAAUGAGAUUCUGGACCUGCAGCUGACAAGCAGGAGGUGGAGGCACCAGGUCAUGGUCUACACCCUCUGACCCCUGACACUGAACUUCUGCCCUGACCCUGCCUCACCAAGCCAUGUCUGAACCAGCCCGAGUCCAUGCCAGCCAGGAACUACCCCCGGAGGUGCUGGCAGAACAGGUGGAGCUUUGGUGGUCCCAACAGCCACGGCGCUCCUUGCUCUGCUUCACCGUGGCUGUGGGCCUUGUAGCAGGCUGUGGAGCCGGUGGUGUGGCACUGCUGUCUUCCACCAGCAGCCGCUCUGGUGAGUGGCGCCUAGCAACAGGCACAGUGCUCUGCCUGCUGGCCCUGCUGGUGCUGGUGAAGCAGCUGAUGAGCUCGGCAGUACAGGACAUGAACUGCAUACGCCAAGCCCACCAUGUAGCCCUGCUGCGCAGUGGUGGGGGGGCUGAUGCUCUGGUGGUACUGCUCAGUGGCUUGGUGCUGCUGGUCACCGGCCUGACCUUGGCUGGGCUGGCUGCUGCCCCUGCCCCUGCUCGGCCACUGGCCGCCAUGCUGUCGGUGGGCAUUGCCCUGGCUGCCUUGGGCUCACUCUUGCUGCUGGGCUUGCUGCUGUAUCAAGUAUGUGUGAGUGGACACUGCCGUCCCAUCCAUGGAGCAGCCCCUACCACCCACAGUGGCAUUAACAUCUUCAGCAUCUCAGGACAGCUGUCUGCUGGCCAGCGUCAUGAGACCACAUCUAGCAUCGCCAACCUCAUCUGACCAGCCAGAGCACUCCUUCGCACAAACUGCCUCAGUGUCCCUGGAACCACUCCAGGGCAUGCAUCUGUAUGUGUGUGAACGUGUGUGUGUGUGUGUGUGUGUGUGUGUGUGUGUGUGUGUGUCUCCCAGGGCCUUCUGUGUAUGUCAGCCCUUCUGUGGGACUGUGUGAUCCAGAGCUUAUGUGUACCCACAUAUCCAUAGCACAGGGAAUGCGCCUUCUUAGAACUGCACAUUGUGUCAAUGGACUGUCCCUCUGCCUGUCUGGAGUCUCUAGGCAGAGAAAGGUUUAACAGAUUCUUGACUCCUGUUUCCAACACUCUUCAUCUCUAGAUUGCCUUGUGGCACCUGUCAGGGAUUUCCAUAGGGAAGUCUUUUGCCCACCCUGGUACUGCACCAGUGACUGCUCAUCAGGAAGCGUUCUGCAGGCAAAGCAGAGGGAAUGUGGGCUCCAGACGCAGACUUACCUGGACUACAUUCCUGUUUUGAACACUUUGCAGCUGGGCGGUGCAAGCAAGUAAUUUAGCCUUGCAAGGCUGUUUCCUGAGAUUCAGGAAUAAAAGUCAUAAAUGGACAGACUGGUGGCUUAUAGCAGAUGUGCAAUAAAAUGGAGACUGCUACUGUCA